GACCACAACAGACGACCAGACGACGUUCGUUCGUCCGUUUGAAGAGAUCGUGAACCGACCGGAGACCGUGUCUAUCGUUACCGACGCAAUUCUUAUCUUUUUUUUUCGCACGCUAGUGAAUUGUGGUAAUUAAGUUCAGUUCGACGAAACGUGCUUCGCGGGUUCGUUAUAUCGACGGAGUUCAUUAUGCAUGCAAACCAAAGACGAUCGCAAAGGAAACAAUAGAACAAUAUCUAUUUUCUCGCCGUUGGAAAAGAGAAACUUAUCGUAGAGUGUUCGGGUCGUAUUCGCGGCCCAGAUCAUCAGCAGAGGUGGCGUGGGGCACGGCAGUGAUGGAAUUGCAGAGCUGGCUGCUGUAUCAUCUUGUAGCCGUAACCGACUGCAAUCAAGUUACUUUUGCCUGAGUUUCAACCGUGCUCACAGAACAGUACUUCUUUAUUUCAUUCACAAUCCCGUUAUCGCCUAGAGGAAACAGCGAUCUACCAAUGUUUGAUGUGAUGCAGUCGGCGACUACAUUGAACGGUGGAUCUUAUCCCGCCGGAGGCACCGGAAGUCGUGCCCGCGAUUUAGGCCUGCGGGCGCAGAAGAAACUCCUCGGCAGAGUAGUAUCCACAGGAGCUGGAAGAUCGCUUCUGAUAGACGAUGCCACCACUUCGCUUUUAGACAAUCUUUACAAGCUCAUGGAGAGAGCUGCUAAAGCCAAUUCCAAUUUGGACAAAAAGCAGCCUGAAAAAGUGUUGAAAAACAUCGUUAAGUUGUCCAUUAAGGUAGGACUACUACAACGUAACCAGCAAUUAAACGUUACCGACGACGCGAAGCUAGUCGAAAUAAGGAAUGCUCUGAGAGCCGUGGCGAUGUCCGUGGUUUCCUUUUACGAAUUGGAGUUCAGUUUCGAUAAGGCAUACUUAAUCAAGUCGCUGGAGCGUUGCAGAACAGCGAUACAAACGCUCAUAAAGCCACAUCUUACGGACAAGUCGCAGGACCGGUGUGAUCAGGUGUUCGACUUUUUAACGCAUUCCGACUUUUUGGACUCCGUUUUCAGACAAGACUCUGAACUCAGACCUAUCCUAGGAAUGCUAGUCAGUGAUAUCAAUAAGGCCUUAGAUGCUGGGCAUCUUUGAUUUUUUCUUUCUUUUGUUAAUACAACAUCGUUUUCGUGAUCGCUGUGAAAAGCAUCGACGAAACUGAUACACUUGCUGAUACGUUUUUUUAAAAUUAAGAGGGGGGCAAAGGGAUUCUUUCCCCGAUCACAGUUUGAAGAAAGAAAUCAUGGUGCAGUUACUUAUGAUUGUCUGUAAAAGAAAACAUAACGAGGGUAGUGCUCACUGAUGUAUGCAAUAAUUGUGAAAUACUCUAUUUAUUUUCAGAAUGUAUAUUGUAUAAUUGAUGUAUAUUUAUUUACGGUACUCGUGUGUUAGGGCACCAACUGUCAAUCUAUACCAAAAAGAAAAAUGAGCUUAUUUACGCCCGACAAUGGGCUUUAUAGCGACGGCGGUAGAAAUGAUUCGUUCAUCCCGACAGAAUUAACGCGUGAAAGAAGCAAUUUAUCACCGUAGAGAUCACGUCAAUUGAGAUACGUGCUACGAACAAAUCCUUUUUGAAAGUUUAAUCUUCCACUCGUCAAGAGCUAUAUCCUGACAUAUCGACGAGUGCAUUUUAGGGCAAGAUGGGUCCUUCGUUUAUACCUAUAUCGCGCUUCGAUACAUUUUCGACACACUUACAUUAUAAACACGACAUAUCUAAUGUAGUCAUGGCUAAGCCUCAAUACUUGGAUUGAAAACAUUUACAUCACAUGUACUACAAGUAUAUCGCGAUUUAUGCGUGUUUUCUAUGCAUUAUACACACUUUACACGUUAUGUGUGAUGACUCUCAAUGAGAAAAAAAAUGUUGUAUCAAUAUACUAUUAAUAAAUUAUUUGUAAGGAGACAAACAAUCCCUUUUCUUUCAGUAUUACUCCUUGCUACUUUCUUCUAUUUCUUUAGUUAAAAUGAUUAAUAAAUGCAGUUUCAAUCAAUGAUUUGGUAUAUUUAUGUACACAGAUUAUGUAGCACAGUCGCACGGACACACACGCACACGCACACGCGCACAAUUACAAUAUUAUCAGCACAGCUGUAUUCACUGUCCAAGCAGCACUGUGUAUAAGAGAUAUUUAAUAUUCGGUAUAUCAAAUAAAAAUACAGAAAUUAUUUACUUUCACGUUAUAAUUAAUUUAGUAAAAUGUUGCAUAUAUUUGGUUAAAUUCAACUGUUACAACAUUUUAACAGAACACAAUGAAAAACGAGCCGUUUCUAACAAUCCAAACACAAUGUAAAUUUUGAAAUCUAAAAGUACUCAAAAAAACAGUCUAUAUAAUUUCCCUCUAUCUUUAACAUGGAUGAUAAAUACUUUUUUUAAAUAACACUUUGUCAUAGAUACAAUGAGAACACAAACACAGGGACUAAUGUGUAACAAACUUAACUAUACUUCAAUAGUACAAAGAAAAUAAAAUAUACGCAUAAUAUAAGGACAAAUAUUUCGAACUCAUCCUACAAUAAUUUGUCAUGAAUUUUCUAAUAUUCUUAUGUUAAACAUAAAUAUAAUAUAAAAGAACAUUUCCUGGCACAGUGAUGCAACGAUUAUAAUUGUACAAAAUUGUUAUAUAACUUAUACAUAUAUUUAAGUAUAAAAAUUAUUUAUUUAUACUUUUCAUAUUGUAUUAAUUGAGUUGAAAUAUACGAUGCAUAGAUUUUCUUGUUUUAAUGAUGUUAGCAUAAAAAUUAGAAUGUUUUAGUAUGGAUAUUGUAUUAAACGUAUGCCGAAGACAGCUACUCAAUAUUGUUAAGGUGUUUUGUAUGAAAACGAAGAACUUCAAAUGAAUUAAAUUUAAUGAUUAUUGUUAAAGUUUAUGUAUUUCCAUAAAAUACCAAAAAUGCGUAAAAUUAUUAUAAAACAAAAUUACUGAUACUUUGUAAUAUUUUUUUGUAGCGUUCAUAAUAAAAGUACAUGCGAUAGUCAAAGUUAAAAUGCGUUCAAUGUAUUCGGUCAUUAUGCACGAUCACAAACAUAUUUAUAGUCUAUUCAUGAUUUUGUAGAUACAACACACAUUUUUACCUAUUAUGUAAUCUAGUGACUUUAUGAGUAUAUGCUAACAAUUUAUAAUCUGUUGAUAUAUAAACAUACAGAAUAUAUUUUGUUAUCAUAUAUUCAUUGGAAUUUUGAUAAUCCAGUUACAUAUUUUUUUCAUGCCAACAAUUCUUCUGUCCAUUAAAAUGUUUUAUGCUAAGUAUUGAAAAUGUACUUGCACCAUUACUGCAUCAACAAAUUUAUUGUAUACAACAAAUUUAGUGUAUAAGACUUUAUCGCUCAAAUACACCCAAAACGCAAGCAUAAUUAAUUCUUUUAUUCCAAUACGAACUUGAGCAAUUAAACUUGAAAAUAAUCGCACGCUAUUAAUGUCACCGGUUAAUACCUCACUUAAUGAAGAUACAUUUAUUAAAACAAAUUUUCUCAAUUGCAUACAGCAAACACAUUUAUACAAUCACAGGUCGCAUAUAUCAUUAUUCCUUAUCAUAAAUGCACACGGCUUACAUUUAUAAUACUUUAACAUUGUACAAGUUCUAUAAUGUAUGGGUAAUGAUUCCGAUCAAACUUGAGCAGCUAUAAUUUAAAAUAUCUGCAUUGUAACUUUAUACGUUUCAAGUGCCGAUUCUUACAAUAAGUAUAUUUAAUUAGCGUAUGAUAAUAUCAACAAAAGCAUGCUUCUUAGGAAAAUUAAUAUUUGAAAAAUAAUAGACUGUACAUGUCUUCAAUGUUUAAUUUAACAAAAUAUUAAUAGUUGCCGUGCAUAUUUGAAAUACAUUACUUCAUAGUUCAUACAUUGACCAAAGUUUCAUGUACUUUGAUAUUUUACUAUAUAAUACAGAAAUAGAUGGUAAAAGAUUUCUUCGCCUAAAAUAAGUUUACACAUGAAAUACUCAUUGUAUAUUGAUUUUUUUUCAGGCCAGUAUUAAAAUUUUAACUUUAUAAAUUGUAUUUAAUAAAACUUAAUGUUCAUUGCAAUAGUAUUCGUUGAUUACUUCUAGAAAUUGUUAUCCCUGAUAAGAUAGAUGUAGAUAUACAAUGCAGAAUAUAAAAAUCACUUUAAAAAUCACACUGUAUGCAGAUAAUAUAAAGAUUCAAAUUAGCAACCAUAAUUUAUAAAAUAACUUUUUUUAGAGUUAUUUUUAUUAUAUUCUAAGAGAGAUCCUCAUUCAAUAGUUAAAUUUCAGUAUAUAAUAGCUAGUACUAGCUCACAAUUUUAUGUCACAUAAUGAAUAAAAUUAUCAUGUUUAUAAUAAACUGGUGAUGUAAAAUCAUAAAAUUGUUUACCAAGUACUCGUUUUAAAUACAGAAUUACAAUUUUGUUUUCUAUUAUACUAAUAGUAUGUAUAAAUAUGCUAAUGAUUCCUUAUAAUUAGUGAAAUGAAACUAUAAAAUGAAUAUUACCUUUGGGGUUGUACAUGCGAUUGAAACGAUGAAUGCGUGAUUCAAUUAUUGUAACUUUUUUGCUUAUUCUUUGAGAUAAUCGAGGUACAUACACCUUAAAAAAUAAUUUUUCUACUAUUCUUUUUUACUCUCUUGUGUACUUGUCAAAUAUAAGAACAUUUGAACUGCUUAUAAAUUAGAUUUGAAAAUGUUUACUGGCCAACCAAAAUAAAACAAUUUUACUCGCUUAGCUUGGAAUCAUACCUUCCAGAUUACUGCAAGCCAAGAAUGAUGCUCUGCAUUCAACUUUUGAUAUCAUAGCAAUGUUUUUCCGAAUGUUUUGAAAAGUACCGUGUAUUCCAAAACUAUUCAGUAAUAUACUGUAUAUUUCUUUAUCUAAUAUAAUUGCAGAAUUAUAUUAAAUUUGAUUCCUUCAUCACAGUAUUUAUUCGAUUGCUAUUGAAAAAUAUCAAUAGUCUUAUGCAGAUUUAAGUAGAUGGUUAUGGUCUGUACAAUCAUAGAUUAAAUACCAAGUUAAGUGGUCAGUUAAUUCUGUAUAUAAUAAAAUAUAAAAUUUUAUUAUGUUAAAAGUAUGAACACACAAGAGAAAAAGAAAACAUUCUAAAAUUUUGAAAAUAGGUGUAUAUGUACC